AUGGCGCGAAACCAACCACCGUUUACGUGGGCACGAGACUUCAAGGAGCACGUAGCCACGGAUUCACCACCUGUAUGGGCAGACGAGAAGUAUUAUGUGGAUGAUGAGGAGGGACCAAGGGCGCACUAUGUGCCAACUGACCAGGAUUUGAGACGCACAACCAAGAUGGGCACGGCUAUGGGGGUCGAUGAGCUGCCUGGGUGGCCGGCCUUUAAUGGGAUUCACAACGCGAACGAGUUGCCCAAUGAUCUCACACAUCAAGAACGAAAAUAUCCUGAAGAAGUAGACGUCCUCAUAUGUGAAGCCGGCCCCUUCGGCCUCGAAGUCGCCAUCUGUCUCGCUCGAAUGGGUCUUACCUUCAGAAUCGUAGGACGCGCAGAUGGCCUCCAGCCACGUGCCGUUGAACACCUUCACGCAUGGGGCCUCUCUUCUGAAUUUACCGAAGAAGGUCCACUAUUGAGCUCCACCGUCCUCUUCCGCAACGGGGUUAAGCUCGUCCACGACGCCAUGCCGUGCGACUCGCGCUAUCGCGGCAGCCACAUCAUCACGCAGGGCCAGAUUGAAAAGAUUUACAUCAGGAAUCUGCGCAGACAUGAUGUGCUUGUCGAACGGGGCGUUGUAGCAGAGGGUAUUCAUGUGCAGAAAACGACUGAGCAAGAUAUGGCUGCUCGGCCGGUUUCCGUUACGUUGCGCGAUAUUCAAACGGGGACCACGGAGAAUGUUCGAGCGAAGUACCUUGUUGGGGCUGAUGGAGCGGCGAGCGCGACGAGGGAGAUGAUGGGAAUUCCGUUUGAUGGAUUGACUACGGAUUGCUAUCGGGCAAUCAUGGACUCGAGGAGCAUGGCGGAAUUAUCAUCAUUCCGCGUGAAGAUGGGUAUACACGGAGACAAAGCUAGACAGCUCUCUAAAAAGCGCAAUGGGAGACGGAAUUCUAGCGACGUUGGAGCAACUCGCAUUGAUGAUCAUGGUAUCACUGCGGAUGAAGUUCUUGAACAACUCAAUAAGAUCAUGGCACCAUGGAAAGUUGAGUUUGCUUCUGCGAUGAGUUGGUUCGCAGUGUGGAGAGUCAACGAGCGAGUAGCCCGCGCCUUCUCCACCCCAGACCAGAGAAUUCAUAUUGGUGGAGACGCAGUUCACGUGCACAGUGUGCUCGGCGCAUUCGGUCUAAACUCCUCCAUAUACGAUGCCGCAAACCUGAGCUGGAAACUUGGGCUCAGCAUCCAAGGUGCAGCUCGCCCAGGGAUACUCCUUCCCACGUACGAUUCCGAGCGGCGACUGUUCGCCAUCCGCGUCAUCCGCAUCUCAGGUGUUUAUCUCCGCUUUAUCUGCAACAUGAACCAGCCACUUGCCCAACUCCGCGGCCUUGGAGAAGAGCUGGAAGUUCACCAGGAAGAUCUUCCAGUUCUAGAUGGUACCACCGAAGCAGACAAGCGCUUUCUGCAUUCCUUCUUCGGUCGCAACCAACACUUCCUGCUUGGUGUCGAAGAUCCCAUCGUUGAGUCUGCAAUAUGCCCGCCGGACAGUCCCUCUUCCACCAACAAAGGCAUCACACUACUUACGAGUCUGCGCAAUGAGGUCCGCGUGCCCAAUCCCCGUGUUUGUUUCGGCCUCGCAUCUAGUGGCUACCUCUACGAUGCCAUGCUCGGCGUCGCCCGCUUCCACAUCCUUGUUUUCGUAUCAGAUAUGCAAACGGUCGUGCGUGCCCACCUCAUCCGUUUCGCUAAAAAUGCUUUCGCUUCUGUGGGUUUCUAUGGGCGCUUUGGGGGAAGUCAACGUUUCAACAUACUGCUCGUCACUAAAGCGCUACCGUGA